GAGCAUCUCGCGAGCCACAGGAGGAAGAUGGCGGUGGAGUCGUGCGUCACCCAGGAGGAAAUUAAGAAGGAGCCAGAGAAGCCAAUCGACCGGGAGAAGACGUGCCCUCUGUUGCUGCGCGUCUUCACCACCAACAACGGGCGCCACCACCGCAUGGAUGAGUUCUCUCGCAGGAACGUGCCUUCUAGCGAGCUACAGAUCUACACCUGGAUGGAUGCCACCUUGAAAGAACUGACUAGUUUAGUAAAAGAAGUCUACCCAGAAGCUAGGAAGAAGGGCACGCACUUCAAUUUUGCAAUUGAUUUUACGGAUAUUAAAAGACCUGGCUAUCGAGUAAAGGAGAUUGGCAGCACCAUGUCCGGGAGAAAGGGGACUGAUGAUUCCAUGACCCUGCAGUCUCAGAAGUUUCAGAUAGGAGAUUAUCUGGACAUAGCAAUCACCCCUCCGAAUCGGGCACCACCUCCUUCAGGGCGCAUGAGACCAUAUUAAAUUUUGUUGACUGUUAAAAAAAAAAA